AUGGCCGAUAAGACGGUUGCGCUGGCUGCGGAUCACGCCGGCUACGAAUUGAAGCAAGUCCUGGCGGACGAACUCGCCUCGCUUGGCUACCGGACGCUCGAUCUGGGCACGAACGGCCCUGAGUCGGUGGACUAUCCGGACUAUGGCAAGGCGAUGGCCGAGGCUCUGGCGUCCAGCCGGGCGAUGCGCGGCGUGAUCGUGUGCGGCACGGGCAUCGGCAUCUCCAUUGCGGCCAACCGCAACCCAGCGGUCCGUGCGGCGCUCUGUCACGACGGCACCACGGCGCGUUUGGCGCGGCAGCACAACGACGCCAAUGUCCUGGCGAUCGGUGCCCGCAUCACCGGACUGGAGACGGCCAAGGAUAUACUCCACGCCUUUCUCGACACGCCUUUCGAGGGCGGACGCCACGUCCGGCGUGUCGAGCGCUGUCAAACCGAGAGCCCCAGAUCCACGUUUGCUGAAGACCCACGUUUCCCACAGAAGGUGAUCGCCAUGAGCCCCUCCGACGCCGCGCAAAAUCUUGAUAACACACAGGGUGCGUUUUUCUCCGCGUCGCUGCGGGAAAGCGAUCCCGAUCUGGCGGCCGCCGUGCGCGACGAGUUGAGGCGUCAGCAGAACCAGAUCGAGCUGAUCGCAAGCGAGAACAUCGUCUCUCGCGCGGUGCUCGAAGCCCAAGGGUCGGUGCUCACCAACAAGUAUGCCGAAGGCUACCCGGGCCGCCGCUACUACGGCGGUUGCGAGCAUGUGGACGUGGUCGAGAGCCUGGCGAUCGAGCGGGCCAAGAAGCUGUUCGACUGCAGCUUUGCCAACGUCCAGCCGCAUUCCGGCGCCCAGGCCAAUCAGACCGUCAUGCUGGCCUUGCUGAAGCCGGGAGACACGAUCCUGGGCAUGUCACUCUCGGCGGGCGGCCAUCUGACCCACGGUGCCGCGCCGAACCUCUCCGGCAAGUGGUUCGAGGCCAUUCAGUACGGCGUGCGGAAGGACGACGGCCUGAUCGAUUUCGACGAGGUCGAACGGCUGGCGCGCGAGCACAAGCCGAAGAUGAUUAUCGCCGGCGGAUCGGCUUAUCCGCGGGUCAUUGACUUCGCGCGCUUUCGGCAGAUCGCCGAUGAGGUUGGGGCGUACUUCCUGGUCGAUAUGGCGCAUUUCGCCGGGCUCGUGGCGGGUGGCGUUCACCCCAGUCCGUUGCCCCACGCCCAUGUCGUAACCACUACGACCCACAAGACCCUGCGCGGUGCGCGGGGCGGCAUGGUGCUCUCGAACGAUCCCGAUCUCGGCAAGAAGAUCAAUUCGGCUGCCUUCCCGGGUCUGCAAGGCGGCCCGCUGAUGCACGCCAUCGCCGGAAAGGCUGCGGCCUUCGGAGAGGCGCUGAAGCCCGACUUCAAGGCCUACAGCCGCCAGAUCGUGGAGAACGCCAAGGCCUUGGCCGGAACGCUGAUGGAAGCCGGUUUCGAUAUGGUCACCGGCGGCACCGACAAUCACCUCUGCCUGGUCGACCUGCGGCCGAAGUCGCUGACCGGCAAGGCGGCCGAGCAGAGCCUGGAUCGGGCCGGCAUCACCUGCAACAAGAACGGCGUGCCCUUCGAUCCGGAGAAGCCGAUGGUGACCAGCGGCGUUCGGCUCGGCACGCCGGCAGGCACGACGCGCGGCUUCGGCACGGCCGAGUUCAUCCGGGUCGGACAGUUCAUCGAUCAGGUGCUCGAUGGGCUGCGCCGUGACGGCGAAGACGGCAACCAGGCUCUGGAGACCCAGGUCAAGGCGGAGGUGAAAGCACUCUGCCAGCGCUUCCCGAUCUAUCCGGAUCUAACGGAUACCCAGGUAAAGGAUUCACGGCCGACCGAGGACAACGCCGCGAUUCGCCGCCGCCGCCAGUGCCCGAAUUGCGGAGCCCGGUUCACGACCUUCGAGCGGGUGCAACUCCGCGAGUUGACGGUCCUGAAGAGCAAGAGCCGCAAGGAGCCUUUCGAUCGCGAGAAAAUCCUGCGCUCCAUGUUGAUUGCCCUGCAGAAGCGGCAGGUCGACCGCGAGCGCGUGGAGCGGGUCGCCAACGGCAUCGUCCGGCGUCUCGAGUCCUCCGGCGAAAGCGAAAUUCCCUCGAAGCUGAUCGGCGAGAUGGUGAUGGACGCGCUGGCCACGCUGGAUCCAAUUGGCUACGUGCGUUUUGCCAGCGUCUACCGGAACUUCCGGGAGGUCGGCGACUUCGAGGACUUCAUCGGCAAGCUUGGCGUCGAGGAUCGCGCGCUGAUGGCGAUGGCCCUUCGUUUGGCCGAGCGCGGUCUUGGCCGCGUCGCACCGAACCCUUCGGUCGGCUGCGUGCUGGCCCGUGACGGUCGCGUGGUCGGUCGCGGCUGGACCCAACCCGGCGGGCGUCCCCAUGGGGAAACCGAGGCGCUGCGGCGGGCCGGGGCGGCGGCUGAGGGGGCGACGGCCUAUGUCAGCCUCGAACCCUGCGCCCACUUCGGCAAGACGCCGCCCUGUACCAAGGCGCUGAUCGAGGCCGGGGUCGCACGUGCGGUCGUAAGUUGCGAGGACCCGGAUCCGCGGGUGUCCGGACGCGGCCUUCAGCAACUUCGCGAUGCCGGCCUGUCCGUCGAGGUUGGCUUGAUGGCCGAGGAAGCCCGCCGGCUCAACUGGGGGUUCUUCCUGAGACUCAUGCGGCAACGGCCGCUGGUCACCCUGAAACUCGCGACAACGCUGGAUGGCCGCAUCGCGACGCACGUCGGCGAGAGCAAGUGGAUCACCGGCGAGGCGGCACGGGCACGGGCGCACCUGUUGCGCGCCGAUCACGAUGCGAUCCUCGUCGGGGCCGGUACGGCGAGUGCCGACGAUCCGCAGCUUGACGUCAGAUUGCCGGGGCUGGGCACCUGCAAUCCGGUACGGGUGCUGCUCGACGGCCGGUUGCGGACCCCUUUGACCCAUAAGUUGAUCGCGCAGGCGGACCGGCAGCCGACCUGGCUCUACACGCGCGAAGACGGCCCGAAGGACCGCUUGGGCGCUUUCGAGGGGGCUGGCGUCGAGGUUCUGACGGUCGGCCUCGAUGCGGAGGAACGCUUGAGCUUGCCGGACGUGCUGGCCUCGCUGGCCGAGCGCGGCAUCACGCGUUUGCUGGUCGAGGGCGGCAGCCAAGUCGCUGCCGAGCUGCUGCGGGCCGACCUCGUUGACCGGCUCGCCUGGUUCCAUGCGGGACGCCUGAUCGGUGGCGACGGUUUGCCCGCGGUCGCCGGGUUCGGGCUCGACCGGCUGGCCGAUGCGCCUGCCUUCGCCUUCGAACGGCUCGAGCGCCUCGGACCAUCGCCCUCUAAAUCCUUCGCUAUGUUCACUGGCAUCGUCACGGAUCUGGGCGUCGUCCGCAGCAUCGAGCAGCGGGGCGACACGCGCUUCACCUUCGACACCGGCUACGACACGGCCACGAUUGCGCUCGGGGCCUCGAUCUCCUGCAACGGCUGCUGCCUAACGGUUGUGGAGCGCGGGGAGGGGUGGUUCGCCGUCGAUGCCUCGGCGGAAACCCUGUCGAAGACCACGCUCGGUGACUGGCAGGAGGGCACGUGGGUGAAUUUCGAGCGCGCCCUUGCCCUGGGCGAGGAACUGGGCGGGCACCUGGUUUCGGGUCACGUCGAUGCGACGGCUCGGGUCGUCUCGGUGCGUCAAGAGGGGGAUUCCUGGCGCUUCAGGAUUGGCGUCGGACCGGAGAUCGCGCCCUACAUCGCCUCCAAGGGUUCGGUUGCGCUGGACGGUGUGUCGCUGACCGUCAAUGAAGUCGAGGACGGAGAGGGGGGCGAAGCGACCUUCGGCGUGAACGUGAUCCCUCACACCUAUUCGGUCACGACCUUCGGCCGUCUGCACGGCGGCGACCGGGUCAACCUGGAAAUCGAUCUGUUCGCACGUUACGUUGCGCGGCUGCUGGACCCCUGGCGCGUCACGUUCGGCGAGCUCGUUUCACCGAUCGAGGCGGUGAUCGAGGAGGCGCGCAACGGCCGUAUGUUCGUCCUGGUCGACGACGAAGAUCGGGAAAACGAGGGCGAUCUGGUCAUCCCCGCCCAAAUGUGCACGCCGGAGGCGGUCAACUUCAUGGCCAAGUACGGCCGCGGCUUGAUCUGCCUGGCCAUGACGCGCGAGCGCAUCGAACAGCUCGGCCUGCCGAUGAUGGCGCGCAGCAACGAGACCCGGCAUCAGACGGCCUUUACCGUCUCGAUCGAGGCGCGCGACGGCGUGACCACCGGAAUCUCGGCGCCCGACCGGGCGCGCACGAUUGCCGUGGCGAUCGACCCCAACAGUGCUCCGGCCGAUAUCGUGACGCCGGGCCACAUCUUUCCUCUUAUGGCGCGCGACGGCGGUGUCCUGGUGCGGACCGGACAUACCGAGGCUGCGGUCGAUCUGGCCCGCUUGGCCGGCCUGAUCCCGGCGGGCGUGAUCUGCGAGAUCAUGAACGAGGACGGGACAAUGGCACGGCGCGACGACCUGAUCGUCUUCGCCCAGCGCCAUGGCCUCAAGAUCGCGACCAUCGCCGACCUGAUCGCCUACCGCCGCAAGAACGACAAACUGGUCGAGCGGCGAUUGGACCGCAACUUCGCGAGCCGGCAUGGUGGAGACUUCACCAUGACCAUCUACCGCAACACGGUGACCGGUGCCGAGCACGUGGCCCUGUGGCGCGGUCCGAUCGAUGACGGCGCGCCGGUCCCCGUGCGCGUUCAUGCCCUGAACCUCUUCGACGAUCUGCUCGGCGACCGGUCACUGGGCCGUGGCGGCGAACUGGAGGCCGCGCUGGAGGUGAUCGGCAGGGGCGGACGCGGUGUAGCGGUCCUGAUCCGCCAGCCCUAUGCCAGCAGCCUGGAAGAGGAGAUCAAGGCGCGCCUGGAUGAGGGCGGUCGUCCAGCCGUUCAAUUGCGCGACUACGGGGAGGGCGCGCAGAUCCUUUUGGACCUGGGCGUCCGGGACAUGGUUCUGCUGCACAACACGAAGCACACCAUCGUCGGGCUUGAGGGCUAUGGGCUGCGCGUGGUCGGCCAACAGCCGCUUGACGGCGAGUCCGCCCGAGUAGGUUUUAUGGACGACCGCCCACAUAUCAUGGUUGUGGAGGCGCGCUUCUACGAGGAUAUCGCCGACGAACUGAUGGCGGGUGCGCUGGAGGUGCUGGAUGCGGAAGAAGCGACUUACGAGCGCUUCCAGGUUCCGGGGGCUUUCGAGAUCCCGGCUGCGGUCCAAUACGCAAUCCGCUCAAUGGACUUCUUUGCCGGGCGCCGCCGUUUCGAUGGCUAUGUCACGCUUGGCUGCGUGAUCCGGGGCGAGACCUCUCACUACGACUACGUCUGUGGCGAAAGCGCCCGGGGGCUGCAGGAUUUGGCGAUCCGCUACAGUUUGGCGCUGGGCUACGGCAUCCUGACCGUCGAGAACAAGGAACAGGCCUGGGCUCGUGCGGCGCGCAACCAGAAGAACAAAGGCGGAGAGGCGACGCGCGCCUGCCUGCAGAUGCUGGAUCUGAAGCGUCAAGACCCGGCCCAGAAAGACCCGAAUCGAAAGGAUCCGGCGCGCAUGCGCAGGAUCGCCCGGCUCGCCGCAGCCCAGGCGCUCUAUCAGAUCGAGGUAGUGGGCGUCGGGGCCGACGCCGUGCUGCUGGAGUUCCUGGAGCACCGCCUGGAGGAGGACAUCGACGAGGGAUUGCGAUUGGCCGAUAUGGACCGAAAGCUGUUCGGCGAUCUGGUUCAGGGGGUGUCGGCCCAGAAGUCAGGUCUCGACGAGAUGCUGGAGCCCUUGCUGGCCCCCGACUGGACGCUGGAACGCCUCGAACUGCUGCUGCGCGUGAUCCUUCGGGCCGGAGCCUACGAGCUCGCGCACCGCUCCGACGUCCCGCCAAAGGUCGCGAUCAGCGAGUAUGUCGAGUUGGCGCACGACUUCUUCGGCGGGCGCGAGCCUGCCCUGGUCAACGGCGUGCUCGACCGUUUGGCUCGUGCGUUCGGCAUGAUCGCGCGUCACUUCGCGCCCCUGGCUGCAGAGGCGCCGGGCGCCUUCGGCCUGAACAACGACGCCGCCGUCAUCGCGCCGGACGGGGCGUAUGGCCUCGUCACGACGAUCGACACCCUGGUCGAGGGCGUCCACUUUCUGCCGGACGAUCCCGCCGAUCUGGUGGCCCGCAAACUCUUGAGGACCAACCUCUCGGAUCUUGCGGCCAUGGGUGCCAAGCCGGAGAGCUAUCUUCUCACGAUGGCGCUCGACAAGGCGCGCGAUGAGACUUGGGUCGAGGGCUUCGCGGCAGGCCUGGCCGCCGAUCAGACCCACUUCGGCAUCGCCCUGUUGGGCGGCGAUACAGUGUCGACGCCUGGCCCUGUGACCCUGUCGCUCGCCGCCUUUGGCCGGGUCCCCGGCGGGCGCGUUCUGGAGCGUGGGACGGCUGAGCCGGGCGCCUCGGUCUAUGUAACCGGCACGAUCGGCGAUGGUGCCUUGGGUUUGCUUGUGCGUCAGGGCCGCUUGAGCGGUCUGCCGGAGCAGGACCGGGCCUUUCUCGAGCAGCGAUACCGCCUCCCGGAACCGCGAACGGCCCUGGGACCGGCCUUGUUGGGGCUUGCGACGGCCUGUCUGGACGUUUCCGACGGUCUGGUCGCCGAUCUGGGCCACGUUGCGGAAACCUCGGGCGUAGGUAUCGAACUCCGAUCCGAUGCGAUUCCGCUUUCCGAGGCGGCGCAGUCUGUCCUCAGCGACGACCCGGAUCUGCUGCCGCUGCUCCUGACCGGCGGCGAUGACUAUGAACUCGCUUUCACGCUUGCGCCGGACGAUGCCGGGGCGGUGGCGGCGCUGGCCCGUGAGACGGGGACCGCAGUGACCUGUAUCGGCCGGACGGUGGAGGCACCUGGAGUUGCCGUGUUGGAUCGCGAUGCCCGUCCCCUGGAAAUAGAGCGCUCCGGCUGGACGCACUUCUAG